AUGAAUUUCUUCAUUUGGCUGCUGCUUUUAACACCUUUGGUUGCUAGAGCCGAACAAAUAAAGUCUCUCCCCGGCGCUACUGUGUCUAAUCGCUUCAAGCAGUACUCCGGAUAUGUCGACGUUGACGACACUCAUCUACAUUACUGGUUUGCUGAGUCUCAAAACAAUCCAGCUAAAGAUCCUAUGUUAUUAUGGUUAACUGGUGGACCAGGUUGCUCCAGUCUAUCUGCACUGUUGACUGAAAAUGGGCCGUACAAUAUUCUAUCAGAUGGGAAAACUUUAGCAGAAAACAAAUACUCGUGGAAUACACGAGCUAAUAUAGUCUUUCUAGAAUCUCCCUCUGGAGUUGGGUUCUCUUACUCUAAAUCAGGCAAUUACGCCACUGAUGAUGCAAAAGUUGCUCGACUGAAUCGCCUGGCGUUAGUCGAGUUUUUCAAACAAUUUCCAAACUUUAAAAAUAACGAUUUUUACGUCACUGGAGAGUCUUAUGGUGGCAUGUAUGUACCAACGCUUGUACAGGAAAUUCUAGAUUAUCAAGACGAAUUUCAAUUUAAUAUCAAGGGCUUCGCGAUUGGUAAUGGGCAGAUGAGUUAUCAGUUGGAUACCAACACUUUGAUGCAGUUCGCCUAUGGUCAUGGCUUAGUCGAUGAACAAACAUGGCAAAAGGUUUCUAAAGAAUGCUGUAACGGCGAAAUUGUAAACUGUGACUUUUUUUCGUUCGAUGGAUUUGGAUUUUGCCCAAAUUUUGUUAAGGAAACCUCUGAGCUAUGCUGGUUUGGAGGAGUUAACCCAUACAACAUGUUUGCUGAUUGUGCACCUGAUGAGCGUUUCUAUCACCAUGCAAAAGUGAAGUUUGGCAAGCAACCACGAGUAAAGGAAUCUUCUGUUCCAUGCAUAAACACAACUGCGUGUACGGCUUACUUAAAUCAACCAGAGGUUCGCUCAGCACUGUUUAUACCUGAUGAAGCACUUCGAUGGGCAAUGUGUAGUGAUACUGUUGGUGAUGGAUACCGGAUGAUCUAUCAAGAUAUGAGUUCUCAGGUCAAAAAUGCCGUCUCAGCUGGGCUUCGCGUUCUGAUCUACAAUGGAGACGGUGAUAUGGCAUGCAACUUUAUCAUGGGACAGAGAUUUGUCAACGGUCUCGGUUAUAAGAUGACAUCUGCGAAACGAGUGUUCUACGUUAACAAUCAAGCGGCUGGAUAUCAUACGCAGUACGGCAACGUCGAAUUUAUUGCGAUUCCUGUAAAUAUUUUACCAUUUAAGCCUCGGUUAUUUUAUUGUUUCACAGUCUAUUUUUUGCAUGGAUGGACCACUGUUAGUGUAACCUUUGGCAGAAAGAUGUUACGACUUCUUCAGUUAUCCCUACUAACUUUGCUUAGCUGUCGCGUUUACUCACAGGAAAUCCGAAGCCUUCCCGGAACGGAAGCUAUUAAGAUCAACUUUAAACAUUAUUCUGGAUUCUUCAAGGUUUCUGAAACUCACUUUCUUCACUACUGGUUUGUUGAAUCUCAAAGAGAUCCAGCUCAAGAUCCAUUAAUAUUCUGGUUUAAUGGAGGUCCUGGAUGUUCAUCCCUUGACGGCCUUCUCAAUGAGAUGGGGCCGUAUGUUGCAAACAUAGAUGGCAAGACUUUGAGAAAAAAUGAAAAUGCGUGGAAUAAAUUUGCGUCUGUUGUUUACAUCGAGUCACCUGCUGGAGUUGGCUAUUCAUAUGCUACUGAUGAGGAUACUGAUACUGACGAUGACAAAACUUCGUUUGAAAAUUACCAGGCUGUCAAAGAAUUCUUUAAAGCCUUUCCUCAAUUCCGUGAUCACAACACCUUUAUUAUGGGUGAAAGCUAUGGUGGCGUUUAUGUACCAACCUUAACUGCUAGAAUUGUCGAUGGAAUGAAAGAUUUUCCAAUUAGACUGCGAGGUAUGGCGUUAGGAAACGGUUAUGUCAAUGAAAAGCUUAAUGUGGACACAUCUGUUAGAUACGCAUACGGGCAUGGUAUAAUUGAUGAGAAAUCAUGGAAUACCCUAGAAGAAGAAUGCUGCUCUGGCUGUAUAGAUUCCUGUGAUCUAACUCGUGCCACUGGUCACUGUGCUAGAAUGGUAGAGGAUAUUUUUCAAUUUCUCUGGUUCGGUGGACUGAAUCCAUAUGAUCUUUAUCGAAGUUGCGAUCCCAAUCCAGAUCUAAACGGUGAGAAAAUGCGAAGUGUCAGAAGCGGUCUUCUGCCGAGGUUUUUAUCCGUGGCAACAGGCAAAAAGGAAUUUGGACCUUAUUCAAAGGCUGUCCCAAUUUUAUACGGUGACGCACCAUGCUUGAAUGAUUCAGAUGUAAUUGCUUAUAUGAAUACUCCAAGUGUUCGUGAAGCGCUGCACAUUCCGAAAAACCUCUCCAAAUGGGACAUUUGCAGUAAUCAGGUCGUAAAAUUCAAAACUAUUAUCAAGCAUAAAGUUGAAAUCACAACAUCUUACAAGAAACAGUACACCGAUAUGUCACCAUUCAUCAAAAAAAUCGUUCGCGCCAAUGUCCGCGUGCUUCUAUACUAUGGAGAUACCGAUAUGGCUUGCAACUUCAUGAUGGGGCAACAAUUUGCGGCUGGUCUGGGUUUCAAGAGGCAACUGAAGAAAACUGCUUGGAAGUUUGACAAACAAAUUGCUGGUUUCAAAACUUUAUAUGAAGGUUUAACGUUCAUCACUGUACGUGGCGCCGGACAUAUGGCUCCACAGUGGAGGGCACCGGAAAUGCAAUAUGCAAUUCAGCAAUUCUUGCUCAACCAUCCUAUCUGA